UAUUGGCUCCAGAUUCUACAAACAUAACAAAAACAGACAAAGCCACCUAUUCCCUCUUCUUCUCUUUCACUCUCAGUUUUCUUCUGUCAGCAGCGAAAAGAAGAGUAGACUCGCACUUGUAAGGAAUUAGCUAGUAUAAAAAAGCACCGCAGGAUGGACGGGAGAAGCAGGAGCACCGAGGAUGAGCUGGACACUCUCAGUGCCUCCUCCACCAGUUUCUGGGAAUUGGGUAGCUACAAGAAAGUGGUAAAGUUAGUUGAUGAUGGAGCUAAACUCACAUCUGAGCUGAUCAAGAUGGCACAGGAGCGAGCUGAGCUUGAAGCCAAGUACAGCAAGAGUCUUCAGCAGUGGUCGAAGAAGUGGGAGGAGUUUGUGAACAAAGGCCCGGAGUAUGGGACGCUGCAAAACGGCUGGAGAAGUUCACUACAAGAAGCAUCUCGACAAUCUGAUAUUCACGCUGAGAUAUCAAACGAAAUCAAAGAGAUCAUCAAGUCGAUCAAUAAAUGGCAGGCAUUUCAUUAUCACAAGUCGCUCGGUGGUCGUUGGAAGGAGAGCAAGACGGCUGAAGAGGGUUUCAAUAGUGCUCAAAAACCCUGGGCUAAGGUCCUCACUCGCUGCAACAAAGCAAAGAAAACCUAUCAUCAAGUCUCAAGUGAUUUAGAGACAAUAAAAAACACACUUGACGAUGCUCAUGUGAACCCAAUUGAAAUGGAGACACUUGUUAAGCUAAGGGAGAAGAAAGAUAAGAUAGAAAAGGAAAAGGAGAAAGCACAAGAGAAGUAUCAGUCAUGUCUCACUGAGGUUUUUCACGAUAAGGAUCGCUAUGUACGUGACAUGAAGGCAGAGUACGAGAAAUGUCUCGUUAUAGAAAAGAUAAGGAUGGAGUUUUUCAAAGAAUCGCUUAUAAAGCUUAAAGAGUCUGUUGACUUAAGCAAAGAUGAAAGGAUUUUGAGGAUAUCACAAGUCUGUGACAAUACACUCCAGCAGAUCAGCUCAGUUGAAGACAUAAACUGGUACUCGCAGCAAUUUGGGCCGGACAUGAAUCACAGCUGGCCAGUUUAUGAGGAGUACGAGGAAUCACGCGUAGAAUCACACAAGGUUCCACCUUUAAGUUCAGGCAGUCGUUCCUCCAGCUGCUCAUUAAACAGUCCUCAGAGACUCUCAGACGCUAACGAUCACUUUGAUAGAUCUGAGUCCCCAUCUCGUGUAGGGCACCCUAAAGUACCUUUACCGGAAAUUCCCGUAGACUCAUUCUCAAACACUGAUACUCAAGAUUUGGAAUCAAACUUUGAGAAUGUGAUUGAUGAUCAUAUAUAUGAGAGUACCGACAAUUGGCCAAAUCCUGCAGCCGCCACUCAAAGCAACGAAGAUGAAGUUCAGGAAGAAGGAAACGAACAAAAGAGAGUUUUACCAAAAGAAGGAAUAGUAAUGAGGGCCUUGUUUAGCUACACAGGACAAGAUGAAGAUGACUUGAGCUUUGAGGAAGGGGAUAUAAUUCUGUUCCUGGAAUAUUGCGACGGAGGGUGGGUGAAAGCUCUGCUCGAUGAAGAAUAUGGAUAUGUACCCGAAGCUUAUUUUGAACCAGUUAUAUAGCUCACUUACUAGUGACUCACUAACCAACACAGCAUUAUAACAUUAAUUAUGAUUUUACUUAGCUUUCUAUGUUAUUUAUCACUACCCAUGUGGUUGCACGUGGUUAUAGUA